GACGAGGAAGGCGCGCAUGCCUUCCCGUUUCGAGCACGCAGCGUGGCGACGGCCCUGUGCUCGCCGCCGCGGUGAUACGGCUGGAUACGGUUUUGACGUCCAACAUGGCCACCUGAUGUCUAGCAGACGAUACACACAGGUGGCAUGGGAGAGCUGUAAAUAAAAUCCACCCUCUAGAUUUAAUUAUGAGCGGACGUGUGCAGAAGGACAGCGCCGAUGAUUCCGAUCGCGUCGACGAUGCAGUGGACCCGCGGGUGCAGAUUGAACUUGAAAGAUUAAACACAGCUACGGACGACAUCAAUAAACUAGAAGUUGAUUUAGAUGAAGCAAGAGCAACCUUUAGAGAAUUAUUGUGUGAAUCAACAAUCAAGAUUGAUGCUCUGGCUAAGAAACUUGGAGGUUGCAUUGAAAAAUCCAGACCGUACUAUGACGCUAGGUUUAAAGCGAAGGAGGCAUUACAAGAAACGCAGAAGGCUGCGAUUAGAUUCGAGAGAGCCAACAGUCAACAUGCGGCAGCUAAAGAAAUGGUUUACUUGGCCGAGGAGGGACUACGGACCGAAGGAAGAUGUUUUGACCACGCUUGGCAGGAAAUGUUGAAUCAUGCUACGUCGCGAGUUAAUGAGUCGGAGCACGAGAGAGCUCUCUCCGAAGCGGAGCACAGGCAUACGACUGCGUUAUAUCACAAAGCGGAACACGAAGUUCAGAGGUUGCAGCGCGAUCUGAAGCGCACUAUUGCCAAAUCUAGUAUGGGUGCACGCCGCAGCUUGCUUCUGAUAAACAGUAUCGCCUACAGGCACAACUUGCUCAUGUUGCCUUACUACGAGAUGAAAGCGCACUUUAAUCAAAUGCUGGAGGAGCAGAAGAUGAAGGUCAGUGCGCUGGAGAGAUCGGUCAGCGAAGCAAAAGCUUCGUACGCGGCAGCGUUACGAAAUUUAGAAAAGAUCAGCGACGAGAUUCACAGGACAAGAAGAUACGACGGUACGGACGAAUACGAUAAGAAUGCACGAGACGCGCCCGAUCGCACCGCUGCGCAAGUUAACACGGCGACUCCAACGGAUUCCAGUGUAACUGGAUCUCCGGACAGCACGGAUUACACCAGCGACGAAUACUUACGCCUUCCCGACAAGAUAAGUCCGAACGUGCCAUGUCCCAUGCCUACAAGAAUCGAGAGAGAUUCAUCGUCGGAGUACCUGGGCCUAAAUAAUCUGAACCUUUCAUCCACCGAACCUCGUAAAUACAUAAAACGGGACCGUCCACGGAGCAUCACCGCGAUCGACUCGAAACAUAUCGUACCUCUAAAUCACACAAGUUCUUCUGCGCCAGGCCUGACGGAUCUGUCGGGCGUUGUAUCUCCGGUCGAGAAGAGAGUAAAGAUCAAGACGCCCGUAAGCGACCGCAAGAAUAAUUCUGCUAAUUCUCAAAACGGGGAGGAGUGGACGGAAAUUAGCCUGAACAAUUCGCCGGACGAAAUCUAUUACAACAACGAGGUGUAUUCCGACGAGGAAGACCAAAUCCCGUACAAACCGCUACCGAUGGACCUGAGUCCGGAACCUUCGCAGGCAGUUAAUGCCGCCGUCGAGCCGCCGAAGGAGCAGACCAGUCCUCGAAAGAGAUUAGUAACGCAAAAAUCUUUACCCACGAUGUCGAAGGUGAACGAAGUGACUUUAAGCGAAGAGAAGAAAGCCGAGGUUACGAGAAGUCCGUCAGUGAAGAGUAGAAGCAAGCUCGAUAGUAGCUUAGCCAAUUGGAUAACUAGAAGUUCGGCCGGUGGUGAAACUAGUGGCGGUAGUUCCACGAAUUCAAGCAGAAGACAAUCUCUCGAUAUGCUGUGGAGUGGCGGCACCGGGGAGCGCGUUAAGGAAUUACUCAAUCACGGCAUGAUGAUGCUAAACAUAUCUAGCUUAACGGAACGACGUUCCAGCGAACCAAAGACAGCGGAGAGAGACAAGGACAAGUCUGAGAAGCCUGAAAAGUCGGAAGUUAAAGGAAAGAAGGUCCCGAGUCCGUUAGAGAAAACAAUGAGCUAUCUCAAUGCCGACGAGGAGACGUCGGACAGCGAAAGUUUAGCCAGCGUGGAGAUGCUAACAGAGGAUCAAAUCUCGUCACUCAUGAUGGAGCCGGACAUGAACCAAGUAUGCCAAGAAAUUCUGGGAACUCCCUUAGUCGAGGUGUGUCCGCUGUUGCAGCAGUUGCAGCAACAAUAGCCUUAUCGCGGAGGAAUUUGCACGACAACGUGGCAAAGAUUCAACAAUAGAAAGUGUUCAAGAUCGUUAUAAAAUGGUAACAUAAUUAAGGUGUAUCUCCUUUCCGUUGCGCUACGUGCACUACUGUCGUAUAUUACGUUUCUGUCUAUUGCGUGUCGUAAUUUAUAGAUUUUUCCAUUAUGUGAUAUAGGGCAAUAUAAAGGGUUGUGUUUCCGGGUAAUCGUUAGAUUAAUUCCGCGAAGACGUCGUUUCUGGGUUUUACUCAGUAUCUCAAGUCAAAUCGUUUCUAUUUAUAUUUAUAUGCUUAGUAGGGAUAAUCGGGGUUAAGUCAAUUUAGUCAAUUUAGCGUCAACUUGCGUUAAAAAUAUUUCAUUAGCUCCUCGGGCACUACGAAGCCUAACGUCAUCCUUUUGUGGAUACGCUUACAUGUUAUCUCUCAGCUUGGAGAACGUUUUCGAACUUAUUCUAUAAAAUCUUUCUAACAUUUAGAAUUUGGUAAAAAAAAAAACUAUGAGACAUCAUUCGCUGAAAAAAGCAAUAUGUAGUUACUUUUCUAGGACAUUGUGUAGUUUAAUCUAGAUACUCUUACACAAAUUUAUUCCGAGUCGCAUUGACUAUUUUUUGCUUGCCUUUAACAUGCGACCGCUGUCACGUUAAAGUCUCUCGGAGCGUUUUAACAAAUAUAUUAGAAUAUUGUACUAAUCCACAGCGAAAUAUCAAACAAUCUAGACAAAUUAGGUGAACGAAAUGGAGUUCACUUACGCUACGUUCGAAGAUAACUGAUUAUGAUAAGCACUUUUCUUGUCUCUUUCUCUCUUUCUCUGUCUCGUUUUUCGUCAAGAUACAAUCGGUCCACUAAGUUGCUCGCGAAGCGUACAGCCGAAAGAAAAAACAGAACCUAUAGAAAGUUACAAGAUGCCAAUUAUGACUGCGACGGUCAGAUUAUCUCUAAAACGCGGAACGAACUUGUACAUAUAUAAGCGUAUAACAUAAUAUAAUACAAUUCUAAACGUAUAUAAGUCUGUGUGCAAAACGUACUGUUGUCAUCACAAAUACGAAACGUUUUGUGUUUCAUUAAUUUAUAUAAUUCGUUAAUUCGAAGAUCAGCUGUGCGUUCGAUCGGUGAACAGCGCGUUUUGGGCACAGAUCGGGAUUCUCGCGGCUUCGGCAGUCAUGCUGUUUCAUAUACGAAGCUUCGCGACGUAAGACGCGUAGCAUUCACCCCAAGCCAGGUUCAACAAGAUAUUUUUUCAAUAUUUUUCGCUGAUAUUGACGCGAUAGGAACGACGCGUGCCUAUCAAAUGUAAGUAUCUUACGGCUGUCCCGAGAUAAGCGUAUAUCCGAUAAGUGAGGAGUAGUACCGCUAUCGCGAAUAUUAUACAAAUUAUCUGGAACAAUCUGGACAGCCGAAUGAUACACUCGAUCGUGAUAAUAAUAGAUCGGAGGCGCGUGCUCGAAUGGAUUUAGGCACUCGGGAUGAGUGAAAUUUAAAUGUAGCUCCAUCAUUUUUAUUGCCGCGUAUUGUGAUAUAGCUCUUAGCGAUUUUAGACGUUCAGUUUUGGACUAUCCAAUCGUCGAACGAAAACAAUUAGUGCAAAGGAUGCAUGCAAUAUGCUAUUUAUAAAGAGUAAUAUAUACAUAUAUAUAUAAUAUAUAUAAAUUAUUUAUAUAUAAAUUAAGUUAUUAUAUAUACAUAUACACAUAUACAGAUCCUAUUUAUUUUGAGCGUAAUUUUCUGUAGCCGGCGUUAAUUGACACUUUUCAUACAGCGUUUGUCAAUUUUGAUAAGGACGGUGGCAAUUAUUUUUCUUGACAAACUGAACUGUUUUACGCGACUCGCGACUCAUCGAGGGACCUUGCUGGAUACGUCACGCGCGCGUGUGUAUGCAACAUUGUUUAAUUACAAAUAACUGUCGGCGCUGCCGGAUAAUCGCGUUCUGAAAAUGUUGCGUGUUACACGCGUACACGUACAUACGCACACUCUGGCGGACGCAAUUAAAUUGCCACCCUUCUGUAAUGUAAUCGAAAGGUCGGUGAUCGCGCCUUACCGUUAAACUUGGCGCUGAACCACGAGUCCGAAUAUUUCCACGUACAAAAUGCCGUAAAAAAAAAAAAAAAAAUGAGACGCCACAGUUGUCUCCGCCGAUCUCAACGAAAUUAUUUUCACGAGCACUUUCCGUUCACAUUCUUAUCUAGAUUGUAACGUACAACUAUAUGAAUAGAGAUUCGUAGGAAUUUUGUUAGCCGCGCAAUUGUCGAGAAUCAAGAGGGCGGAGAUUGAGAUUUCGUCGAAAAAAAUUUCACAUAAUCACAGCGUCGUCGUCGCGAGCCGCGCGUCGCCGUCGCUCGCGAGAGCGUAUUUUUCGUCCCGCGUUUUUUCGGUAACGACGGUAUAUUAUAUAUACAGCGAGCGGGGACGCGCGCACAAGCGCGACACAAAAAGCGAUAACAAAAAUUGUACUGUACAUACCUAAUAUUGUAUAUGUGAAUGUAACUAUGUAUAUACAUAUACGUAAAUAUCUCAUUAUAUCCUCCAUUAAAAACCUCA